AUGGCUGAACAGCCAGUAACUGAAGGCAACGAGCAACCUCAAACUGGCUACCGCAUGUGGAUAGGCAACCUACACCCGCAGAUAACUGAAUACACGUUCCUUAAACUUCUACAAAGCCAUCAAAUUAAUUUAAAAAAACUCGAUUUUGUGUACCAUCGGUCAGGACCACUAAAAGGAAAGUCGAUGGGUUUCUGUUUCCUUACAGUACCCAGCAUUUCAGAUGCUGACAAAUUAAUAAAACAUCUCGAUGGUAAACGUCUUUUUCAACAAAAUUUGGUCAUCAAGCCUGCAGAUGCUGAUGCUGCAGCCCUAAGAAAAUCUCAAUCAAAGAAAAAGUUUCAAAGGAAAGGGACGUACGCACUGGCCGGCUACUCACAGUCUGCUUCAUCUAGCAGCAACUCCAUCGACACUAGUCAAAUGUCCGAAGCCAAACGACGAGCUAUGAUUAGAGAGAUCGAGAAAAAGUUAAAGGCCAUGGAUGAUGACAAAAAUGACACUUCUGUUUUUACAAAAAACUCUUGA